AUCGAUGCCAGUCAGGAGGACCAACGCAGCUGGAUGACCUACAUAAAGUGUGCCCGGAACGAACAAGAGCAAAACCUGGAGGUGGUGCAGAUCAGCAGCAGCAUAUUCUAUAAGGCUGUGGAGACCAUCCCACCAGACCAGGAGCUUCUUGUCUGGUAUGGAAACACCCACAACACAUUCUUGGGAAUCCCUGGAGUUCCUGGAACAGAUGAAGAUCACCAGAAGAAAACCAGGAAUGAUGACUCCCAUUCAUGUGACGGCCUUUCCUCGUGCUCCCCCCCUUCUUCCAUCACUACCGCGGGCCGCAUGCGCUGCGUCAUUUGCCACCGUGGCUUCAACUCCCGCAGCAACCUGCGCUCCCACAUGCGCAUACAUACUCUGGACAAGCCCUUCGUCUGUCGCUUCUGCAACCGCCGCUUCAGCCAGUC